CGCGCCCGCGACGACCUGUUAAACAAAGCACACCAAACCAAACCACGUUCGUUUUCGUUUUUCUUUCUCUCCUCCCACAAAAACAAAUCGCCGGAAAAUUCCCAGCUGCCUCCCCCAACCCCAACCCCAAAUCCAUUCCAUUCCUUAUACCGCCGCCGCGGGCCGAGCCGAGCUACUCCUCCCCACGUCGUCUUCUUUCCCGCUCCCUCCUCCCCAUUCGCCUCUUCUCCCCUCGUCGCCCCACCCGACCAGGCCGCCGAGUGAUUGCGCAGUCGUGCUGCUAGGAGGAGCUUUUUUGAAUUCUGCGUGCCCCCCCUGGCCGGCCAUUCGAGGGGCCGCCGCCGCAGAUGUCGCUCUUCCGGCGCCUGUUCAACUGGCGGAUGCCGUCCGGCCUCGUCGAGAUCUCCGGCAACAUUUUGGUAUUUGACCACUGCUUCUCCACGGAUUUGUUUGAAGAAGACGAGCUGAAACCAUACAUCGGAGGCAUCUUGAAACAGCUACUUGCCCGCUACUCCAUCGAUUCUUUUAUGGUAUUCAACUUCGAGGGAAGCAAGAAGAACAACCAAACUGCCCGGAUUUUCUCAGGCUAUGAUAUGAGUGCGAUGGGAUACCCACGUAACUAUGAAGGGUGCCCUUUGCUCACAUUGGAGAUGAUUCACCAUUUUCUUAGGUCUAGUGAAAGCUGGCUUUCGUUAAGCCAGGAUAACUUCCUGCUUAUACAUUCAGAACACGGGGGGUGGCCCGUCCUUGCUUUUGCAUUGGCAGCCCUACUGGUUUACCUUCGAAGAUGCGGAGAUGAGAGGAAGGCGAUAGAGAUGGUCCACAAACAUGCACCACCUGAGGUGGUUGAGCUCUACUCACCACUGGACCCAGCACCUUCUCAGUUGAGAUACUUGAAGUAUGUGUCAAGAAGGCACAUAUCACCAGAACUGUGGCCUCCUGCUGACAAGAUGCUGAAUUUGAAUUGUGUAAUCAUCAGGAAGGUACCAAAUUUUGAUGGUCAAGGGGGAUGUAGGCCAAUAUUUCGAAUUUAUGGCCCAGAUCCCUUGGUGCCUACUGACAGUAGGGCCAAAGUUCUCUUUUCAACUCCGAAGACAAGUGAUUUCGUCCAUCUUUACACGCAGGAAGACAAUGAGAUAAUCAAGGUUAAUGUUAGAUGUCCUGUCCGAGGAGACAUUGUCAUGGAGUGCAUUACCGUUGACGAGGACUUUAACCAUGAAGUGAUGGUAUUCCGAGUUAUGUUUAACACAGCUUUUAUUGAAGACAACCUUUUGUUACUUGAUAGGAACCAAAUUGACAUUCUAUGGGACACACAACACCGGUUUCCUGUAGACUUCAGAGUUGAGGUUAUAUUUUCGGAGAUAGACACCACCACUUCGAUUCACACUUCUGAGUCGUUGAGUGACCAGAAAGAAAGCUUUUCUAAUCUUGAUGCUGAAAUCAGUCAUGUGGAUUUGUCAAGCAAAAACAAUCACACCACAGACGGUGCAUCAGAUCAUAAGGGAUUAAACAAUGUGCAUGAUGGCUUUGAUGUGGUAUCUCUCCAGGAAACAGAAAUCAGCAAUACCACAGCUGAACAGGGCAUUCUAGAUAGCAAAUCUGUCCAGUUUUUUCAGAAAGAACCAGUAAAUGUCCAUUCUUCUGCACCGAAGUUUGACAACGACAAAGAUGCUGUUGCUGAUACAUUAUCUUUGCCAGAAGCUGAACCCUUUGGCCCAUUCUCUCAAGAACUUGAACUCUCUGAGCAUGAAUCUGCACCGAAGUUUGAUGGCGACAAAGAUGUGGUCGCUGAUAUAUUAUCCUUGCCUGAAGCUGAAUCCAAUGGCACAAGCUCUCAAGACCGUGAAGCCUUUGAGGAUGGGCCUGCAAUGGAGAAACUAGAAGGGGAUACCAUCAAGACCACACCAAAUUACGAUACUCCUUCGGUAGACCCCUCAGGUUCAGAAGCUGGCGCAGCCACGGCUGAAUGGUCUGACACCAACACAGAUACUUUCCUGUCAGGUACCCCGUCAAGCAGCGCUCCAUCUAGCCCACCAAGGUUUGACGAAGAUACCAUGGAAGCUGAAACGGCUGAGGCCCAACCGCAAUCAACAGAACUGCAAAUAUAGUUGAGAUCGUGAUCUGAUUCUACUGUAAAUGGGGGCAACACGGUCCAUGGAGCUGCCCUAAAUGUAGUUACAUAUAUACACUUCCACGGUAUGGUGGGCAAAUUGCUGUUCGUCCAUACCAAAUGCAUUGUACAGUUGACGUUGGUAAACAUGCGAGAAAUUUUCCGCUUGUCUCCAGUUCCUGGAGGCAUUGGUAUCUAGACAUAGAACUUCGAUUUUCCUC